CAUCCUUGAUUUCAGGUCGAUCGACCUCCAUAAACCAGAGGCAAAAGCCUCACAUUUCCUCUCUUUUCAUUCUCAUCUCAACAAUUGAUCAAUUAACUCUCAUAUAAUGCAAGUUUCCAAGCUUCUAAGACCCAUCUCCACUCCACUGCCGAGCUUCUACAUCUCCCGAUCGGCCCCGCACUCCCGGGUCCGAAAUCGCAUCAUCGGACCUCCCGUAAACACGACCCUCUCACACAUCAGCAUCAAAGCCUUCUCGUCAGCCAAAAUGGAGUUCCCACCCUUCCACAACUCAAUCCUCUGCCCUGCACUUGACCUGGUGCCAGAGAACGCACCACCUGAUUUGUUCGCCUCGGAAUUGUCCUUCUUUGCUUCUCAUCCAUGGACGGCUUCUCUGCUCUGCGCUCCUGAUGCGAUCCCUUUUCUUCCUUCAUGUCGCAAUCCAAAGUCACAAGCGCAUGAUCAGCUUUUUGGGAACACACUCAAUAAUUCUCGUGGCCUGAGGCAUCUUAUCAGUUACUUUCGUGCGCCUAGUUUUGAGGUCGCCAAGGAUCCUGCACAUAACAUCACUGAGAUUGCGGUGCUUGUAUCAGUGGGCGAAGGUGUAAGCGGGUAUCCUGGGAUGGUUCAUGGCGGAAUUGUCGCGGCGUUGUUGGAUGAGUCAAUGGGUACCAUCUUUGAUUUGAAUGGGACUUUGGGUAAAGAGGCUAGGGCGUUCAAGACGCAUAGCGUGACGGGUGGCAUAGACGUGAAGUAUCUCAAGCCUGUGCCAACAGACAGCGUUGUCUGCAUCACAGCUGUUGCAGAAGAGAUUGAUGGUCGGAAGACAAAGGUCAGAGGCGAGAUGAAGGAUGAGAAAGGCGAAGUGCUGGCGACCUGCUCAAGUCAAUGGGUAGCACUUAAACCAAGCUUGUGAUCAAAGGAGGCCGGCAUACAUAUAUGGUGGCGAGCAGGCUCCUGGAUUAGAAGAAGACUAUAUAUUACUACCUAGACAUAAGAAGAAAGGUAUCAAGGAAUGCAAGAGUGACAAAGCAAAAGUGGUAUAUGAAAUCCAUACAGGAACCUUUCGCCAAUACUGAGAAGUCCAUCUAAUCAAGGUACAAAUUAUUUUCAGCCG